CGCCAUGCUGCUGCCGCUGCUGCUGGGGCUGCUGCUGACGUCACAGGCCAGGGCUGCCUGCAGCGACCCUGCGGCCAAGGCCUCCCUGGACGAGGACAGGCUGCUGGGCACGUGGCACAACCUGCGGCAGACGGGGGUCGAGGCGGCGGCCAGGUGCCUGCGCACCGAGUACAGCCGCGCGGCGGCCGAUCACCUCGCGGGGCUCGUCGCCUGGUACAACACCACAUCGGCAGCUUAUUCAUCGCUCAGACUGCACAUGCACAAAGCUGUGGCAGGCUCCGCGGACGGCCAGUACGAGGUACACAGGGAGGAUCACCAAGCGUCCUAUAACGGCAAGCUGCACAUAAUAGAUACCGACUACGACAACUACGCCGUGGUGUGGAUGUGUGGCACGAAUCCCAGGAGUGAGAACACUAAAGAAUGGUACUUCCUGAACACACGUCAACAGCAUCCCAGCGCCGAGGUGCUGGAGCAAGCAAACAGGGUGCUGCCCGCUGGUGACUACAGCACUACCGACCAGACAGACUGCCCGGCAUAUGAGCACUAGUUUCCUCACUCUCAG